AGCUGGCCCGAUCCAUUCCCGCGGCCCGACGCGGACCGAUGCUUGGCAUGGCGCUGUCGUGCAUCCCGGCGCAGCCGAUGCGAGUCGCUUUCGGCUCCGUGCCGAUGCAGCCCGAUCCGAGUUCCGGUUCUAUCUGUUUUAUCGGUUCGAUGCUGGCUGAUCUUGCCCUCUUCUCCCCCGUAGGGGGAAGCAGGAGGAGCAUCGCCGCCUUUCCUGGUGGCCCCCAAACGGUGCGGUGCUUCAGUGGGAUUCGGGGUGAACGCACGGUUUUGGGGCUUGUUCCUCCAAGGUCCUAACGGACAGUGCGGUCGUGAUUUCGAUGUCACCGCGCAGUCUGUCCUCACAAUAUUUUGGGCCUCCGGAUUUAGCCUCUGCCUCUCAGCGAGCAGUCAGCGGAGGGCCGAAGGAGCGACAGCCGUGGGGCCCAGCGAAGACCAGCGUGAAGACUAGGAAAGUGUGCUCUGGAGCUCCAUUCUGUGAGCAUGUUGCUGUGCACCUCUGAUCGUUCAGCAUGUGGUGGCCGCCCCGGGGCUCGGCCGCCAGGGCCCCUUGGCCAUCCCCCGCGGCACGGCACCUGCAGGCCGCCGCGGGAGGGCGCCCGGCAGGCGAGCGAUGGCCCGUGCCCCUGCUGCGCUCGUGCUCGCCCUGCUGCCUGCCGCCGCGCGCGCCGGCGCGGCCGGGCUGCGAGGGGAUGCCUCGCCAGCGUCGCGGAGCGCGCCCUCGUGUCCCAGGCGCUGGGGGCGUCGAAGGACCCCGACCUCGUGCACCCGCCCCCGUGCGGGGACACGCCGUCUAACAGCUGCGGCGGCGACCCGGGGACGAUGUGUUUCGCCGACCCCACCUGCCUGGUCUUCGCGGGCCCCGGCUGCAACGCGGGCGGCACGUCGCAGGUGUGCCGCUACUGCGACGUGGGCGGCGGGACCCCUGAGUGCGAGCCGGAGUCGCCGGCAAAGGCGAACGCCGCCCUCGGCCCUGUCGUGGAUACAGGCACAGCCGCUGUCGGCACUCCAGCGACUACCCUUGAUGGCAGUGCGGCUAGCAAGCGCUCCCUUGUAGCUGCGCGUCGGGGCUCGCAACCGGACCCAGGCAACAGUGAGAUCCAACAUGAGCGCUCGUCCGCGACGAUCCAAGCAUGGAGACGGGACUCGUCAUGGGCCCCUGGAGACAAAGGUGCUCCCCAUUCGGUCACGAUUGGCGACGAUGCCAUGCCGACAGUCACUCUAGAGGCGAGGCUCUUGUCUAGAGGCUCCGCAGGCAUACAGAAGCCUCUGCCUGCGCCAUGAGCCGCGCCAGUUGUGUUCGGGCCAGGGACUGCGUUACCCAGGCGGCGCGGUGCAGGUCAGCUUUGUUUCGUGCGUAUAUCAGGCCUUGGUUUGUGGCCCGAAAGUGGGAGCCAUUAGAUGUUGAUUGCAGUGCCUGUCCUCGGUGCGCGUCUCAAGAGAUAUCGUCAGUUGCUUGACGGCUGCUGUUGCGUUCGGACAUGCGGGCUAUCCCCCCCGCCUCCUUACGAAGUCUGUGUAUAGCCUGCAGCUUUGACGCCUCGAGAAUCAGCGUAUGCCACAGGACCAUCCUGCACAAAACAGCAUAUGGCGCGCUGGUCGUUGCUGGCUCUUUUGGUUUUACCGAGUAUGUCUGCCAGCGAGGAUCCCAAGCAGUAGAUGGUUGAAGUCUCGAUUUUUUGUUUUUGUGGUGCGAACAAGGUUGUCCACUGCUGCAUCUGCCGCUCUUUCUCACUUCCCCCUGUAGAGGCUCAGUGCCUCCAGGCACCAAUUUCGAGAUUUAAGUCACCCGGAUGGCUAGGGCCCUGGAGCCACCGUCUUGAAGGCCG